AUGGACGAGCGAGCAUCCUCUAGAAGGUAAGACACACGUGAUUAUCAUAGCUUUUCAUCGGCAUCAUCGUCGGUCUCGAAUCUGAGUAAGGACCGAAGUAGAAGUAAUUCAAAAAAAAGAAAUUUUAGAAAUAAGAAGAAGCCAACUAAACGAGUCAAACACACCUUAGAUUUUCCUCCUCUGGAUUAAUCGUUGCUCAGCUUCGACUAAUUCUAGGAAUUAUAUGUAAGAGUUGCAUGUGACUGAAAAUUAGGUGAGCAAUGAAAUCCCCAUUGAGAAAUUACGACUUCUUUAUUAGACCUACGAGAGGAAAUGGGAAAACAAACAGAAAGAGUUGUUCUUUGAUCAACAUAAGGACGAGCCUUGGAUUUAAGACAAAUACAAUCCCGUGAACAGGAGAGAGUUCCAAGAAGAACGCAAUCAAUUGGCAUAGAAUCGCUUCAAUGAAUUUUUGAAGCAAUACAACAUGGGAGGUUUCAACAACAUCAACCUUACCUUGUCAGAAAUGCAAUUGAUGGACUUCUUUGAAUUGAAUGAUCACUUCUACAAUGAUGAUCCAGAUGUUCCUUUCUGGGAAUUUUAACUCAAAGGUAAGCCAAAGCCAAAAUAAUAUUAGAAUCUAUUGACAUAACCAAAGCUCCCUUUUUUGGUUCAGAUCCCAACCAAAACAGUGUAUUCAUCAAGAACGUGCCCUUGCCUCUCUCCAGAGCAGAUGUAGUCAAGGCACUCUCUUCAUUGCCUGGCUAUGUGAGUCUAACCCUGUCUGAGCCAAACAAGUUAUAAAAUUACACUAGGAUUGGAUGGGUCAGCUUUGAUGGAGAGGAGUAUUGUAAUCGAUGUGUGAAUGAUGAGAGCAUCACCAUCAAGGGACAUUCACUCCAAUUCCAAAAACAACAAGAGAAGAGGUAAGGUGUCAUUCAUUACAUUUUCUUAGGAAAUUCGUGAGAGUCUUCAAGUCAGUCGAAUAUAAUAAAUUAUUGAAGGACUUGCAACAAUAGAGAGAACUCAUCAAAGUCUUGGAUAAAGAAAAAGGAAUCAGUGGUAAUCCACUCAUCGAGGGACCACUCAAAGAUAGAGAUGACCCAACAUUCAAUAGACAAUUGGAUAUUCAGACCUUGUAUUUGAGAAGAAUACACAACUAUUGCUAUUGGAGUGGAGCUGAAUUCUCAGACUAUAGAUUACUUGUCUCUAAAGUAGGCUAUGUAAGUGGAUUCAUUAAUAAAUUAAGCAUUUCUUCAGAUUAGACUAAAAAAAGAAGUGUAAUCUAGAGUGGUAGGACAUCAUUCAAGCUCUAUGCAAUCGUCGUAGAGAAGAAAGCAGUGAUGAAUUGCCCCUAAAUGAAUUGAUUGACAAUGAAAUCAUUUCAAUGGGAUUGAAACAAAGAAAUACUCGCUAGAAAGAUGCUUAUCCUUGUAUAUUCUGUGAAAAGCAAUUCCAAGGAGGAACCUUCUUGAUCAAACACAUUUCUCUUAAGCAUGAGAAAUAGUAUUGGGAACAUUAGCAAUCCUUAAGAUAACAAGUUAUUGAUCAAUAAAUGGCCAAUAAUCAUAAAAUAGAGAGAAGCAGCAAGGCCACCAUCUAGAGACAGAUCUUUGUCAAAGGACUCAUCGAUGAAGCCUAAUUAUAAGAAAAUAAGUAUAUAAACACAUUUCAUUCUAGAAUCCAAUUGCCAAUCAACUUUGCUCCCAGAGUCCAACAGAGACAAUACAAAGAUCUUGAUUCAAUAGCAUAAGAUAAAACCUAACCAGCUAUAAUGUUUUAAAUACGUGAAACAAAAGUGAAUUAUAAUGAUAUAUGA